UAACAGACCCUCCAGCAGCAGCCCAGCUCUCUCUCCCUCCCUCUCUCUCAUUCUCGCUCUCUCACUAAUUUGACUCGAAAACUCUCGUAAAAACAAACCAAACCGAAACCGAAUCUAACCGAACCGAACCGAACCGAAGGCAAAUCGAAGAUGACGGAGGCGAUGAUCAGAAAGAAACCGGGAAUGGCGAGCGUGAGGGAGAUGCCGGUCCUUCAGGACGGACCGCCACCUGGCGGUUUCGCUCCGGCCCGCUACGCUCGCCGGAUCCCGACAGCCGUAUUCACGGCCGCUCUCGGCGCUUUCUCUUGGGGCAUGUACCAGGUCGGCAAGGGCAACAAGAUCCGCAGGGCUCUCAAGGAAGAGAAGUAUGCUGCGAGAAGAGCGAUACUUCCCAUGCUUCAAGCUGAAGAAGAUGAAAGAUUUGUCAAAGAGUGGAAGAAGUACUUGGAAGAGGAGGCGAGGAUCAUGAAAGACGUUCCUGGGUGGAAGGUUGGCGAGAGCGUCUACCACUCUGGUCGGUGGACUCCUCCGGCGACAGGCGAACUUCGCCCUGACGUCUGGUGAGAAGGGGAGUUCAUCAAAUCGCGGAUGUGGUUCUUCGUCUUCUUCAUGUGGAAGUGCACAUUGCUUGAAUAAAUUGCUUUUUGUGUACUUCGAAAUUCCAUGUGUUACCAUGUUGUUCCUUUGUUAUGAAUUCAAAUGUACAAGUGCAAAUGUUCGUUGCUUCUUGUUUGGGUAAAUUCCAUGAAAUAUUUGGUAAGGACUUACUUUAUAUAAGUAGCCGGUGAACCUUCUUCCCCCUUUAA